CUGCUUCUCUGCAUAAAAGGAUCCAACAAAGACAGAUCAAUCAUCAGCUAUAUUCAGUGUACCUGUAGCAAUGGCUAGUAAGUCUAAACCUAAACAAAGUGGUGCAAGUGCCCGUGGGGGCAAAGGUCGUCGCCUUGGAUACUACAUUCUCCCGGAGGAGAGGGUUGACUUUUUCCUUGUUCUCGAUUUUGAGGGAGUCAACAAUAAGUACCACGGAGGACCUGAUAUCAUGGAGCUAAUAGAAUUCCCUGUACUAAAAGUGAAUUCGAGAACUUUUGAAACCGAAAGCGAGUUUCACAGCUAUAUCCAGCCGACCAUACACACCAGACUUAACCCCGUGUGCACUGAAAUAACCGGUAUCACCCAGGAAAUGGUGGACGGUCAACCGACACUGCCAGAGGUCCUGAAACGAUUGGACGAGUGGAUGAAGGGGGAGGGGCUUCUGGUGGGCGGGGUCAGGACUUGUUUCGUGACUUGUGGUGACUGGGACCUGAAGACAGGUCUUCCAGUCCAGUGCCAGUACCAGAAUCUUGAGUAUCCUGACUACCUCCGCAAGUGGAUCAACAUCAAGGACAGCUUCCAGGCACUGACUGGUACGAAAGGCCGCAGCAUGAAGACAAUGCUGAGAGACCUUCAACUGGAGCUGGACGGGAGACACCACAGUGGCAUCGAUGACAGCAGGAACAUUGCCAAGAUUCUCAGGACACUGGCCCAGCGGGACCCUCACAGACUAGGGCAGGGUAUUGUGACACCAAAAACGUUGAAUAAGACGUAAUGAUCACGGCCUUCCUAUAUAGUAUCGAUUUAGAUAAGUGUUUUAUUCAGCUGAUUAUUUUGUGCCAUACUAAUCCUAUAUAGUAGAUUAGUGUUUUAUUCAGCUGAUUAUUUUGUGCCAUUUCUCUAUGUGAUUAG